AUGAGGUCGAAUACCGCACUUGUCGCCGCUGGCAUGCUUGCUGCUGCCUCGACAGUCGUAGCACAAGAAUUCGGAGUAGAUGUGACCAAGGGCUGUUACUCAGCGGUCAAUGAUUAUGUCUUUAACACAACAUAUAUCUACAACACCGACGGAUACUGCCAGAAACAAUGUGCACCUUUAGGAUACAAUGCUAUGGCUACAACGAAGGGUACCGACUGCUGGUGUGGACAAACUAUUCCGGAUCCUUCCGCCAAGGUCGACGAUUCUUUAUGUAGUACGAAAUGUGCUGGAUUCGGGGACAAGACGUGUGGUGGUGCCAAAUAUUUCACUGUGUAUACCAGUGGUCUCGUAGACGAAACGCUAGUCUUAACGGCAGGUGAUGCAGCAAGUAGCACCUCAGCGAAAACAUCAUCAACUCCGUCAGCAACUGUGAGCGUCGCGCCUUCUGUCGUUACCCUUGGCGGCCAAACCGUAAUUGUAACAGCAGGAAGUGCAGUAAGCAAUACCUCUCCAGCAUCGGCCACAGCGGUCAAUAGUGGUGGAGGGGGUCCAAAUAAAGCCGCCAUCGCCGCAGGCGUCGUUGUCGGCAUUGUUGCACUUGCCUCCAUUGCCGGAGGUGUCUUCAUCUUCAUUCGCAGCAAGAAGAGGCGUGAAGUUGAAGACGAGUACCGAAGAAAUGCUGCUGUAAGCAGCUUCAUCGCCAAUGGCGGAAAGCCUCCCAUGAGCAGCGGCGGCGCUUCAUCAUUCAGCGACACACGUCUCGACCCAGUUCUAGCUCAACGAAGAAUCAGCGAUGGCAGUAUCGCAGACAACCAAGACUACUCGAGAAGAAUCCUCAAGGUCACCAACGCCUAG